AUGGCAGAAAGACUCGAUCCUUAUCCUUUUCCUUCUAAUAUUCAUGUUGCGAGUUCUGUUACUAUUAAACUGAGUGACACCAACUAUCUCUUGUGGAAAACUCAGUUCGAAUCUCUGCUUCGCUCCCAGAAGCUGCUCGGUUUCGUUAAUGGUGAAAUUCCCAGGCCUGCAGCUACUCGAGUGACCACUGUCAACAAUCAACAAGUCACCGACCCUAAUCCAGCCUAUGAAGCCUGGAUCUGUACUGACGAACUCAUCAAGUCAUGGCUUUUUGGAACUCUCUCUGAAGAAGUUCUUGGUCUCGUCCAUGCUUUGUCAACAUCUCAAGAGGUAUGGAUGUCCCUUGCCUCCAGUUUUAAUCGAAGCUCUGUGUCUAGAGAGUGUGAGUUGCUUCGUCGCCUUAAUCUUUUGAACAUGAAAGAUAAGACCUUUUCUGUGUACUGUCGAGAGUUUCGUGCUGUCUGUGAUAAUCUGAGUGCGAUAGGUAAGCACGUUAAUGAGUCCAUGAAGGUUGUUCUGUUUCUGAAUGGACUAGCUAGGGAAUAUGACCCUAUUGCUACUGUUAUCCAGAGUUCUCUGUCUCGUUUACCUGCUCCUACAUUUAAUGAUGUGGUUCUUGAGGUCUCUGGUUUCGACUCGAAAUUGCAGUCGUAUGAAUCUGCUUCAGAUGUCUCGCCAAACCUAGCUUUUCAAGCUCAAAGGGGUGGUUUCUCUGGCUAUCGUGGUCGAGGAUCGAACUCUCGUGGUCGAGGAGGUCGCAACUUCUCUACUCGUGGUCGUGGUUUCUCUCAACAGGUUAUGACUUCUGAUGAGAAAGGUUUUGCGAUGGUAGGAUUUAGAGACGAGGAAGGUUUGGACAUCUAG